AUGGCGACCCUAGAAGCUGGCAAUGCCAGCCCGUUGGACGUGGCCACGGACAGCAACGGGCCCAUUGAGUACGCGAAGGGCUUCAAGCUGGCUAUGAUGAUGGUCACCAUCAACCUCAGCACCCUGAUCGCAUCUCUAGAUCUUGGUAUCCUCGCCACGGCCAUCCCGGCCAUCACGGACGAGUUCCACGUGCUCAACCAGGUCGGCUGGUACAGCGGCGCCUGCUUCAUCCUCGUCGGCGCCACCUCUGCCAUGUGGGGCAAGAUGUUCACGUACCUCUCGGCGCAAUGGGUCUUCAUGUCCUCGCUGUUCAUAUACCUCAUCGGAAGCAUUGUCGCCGCCGCGGCACCCAGCAGCGAGGCCUUGAUCGCCGGUCGAGCUAUCCAGGGCGUCGGGUGUUCAGGCACGCUCGCCGGCUCCGUCAUCAUCAUCAACUUCGCCGCCGAUCCGAGGCAGAGACCCCUGCUCAUCGGCACAUGGUUCGGCGUGUUCAUGCUGGCGACCAUUCUCGGGCCCUUGCUCGGCGGCGUCUUCACCGACGAGGUCACCUGGCGGUGGUGCUUCUGGAUCAACCUGCCGAUAGGGGGUCUCGCGCUCGUCAUGCAGUUCUUCUUCCUGCGCAUGCCCAGGCACGUCAAGCCCGUCCCGGGCAGUUGGAAGGAGAUCUUGCUGCAUCUUGAUUUCCCGGGUUUCGCCCUGGUGCUCACCUCGCUUGCGUGCUACACUUUGGCCUUGCAAUGGGGUGGCUUGACGAAACCAUGGAGAUCCGUUAUUGCGACGCUCGUACUAUUUGCCCUCUUGACAAUCGGGUUCUUCGUCUGUGAGUGGAUUCAGGGCCGGCAAGCCAUGAUCCCGCUCGACCUAUUCAAGCCGCGCAAGUUAUGGUCGCAGACUCUGUUUGCUUGGUUGUACAACUGCCCGAGCUUCCAGAUCCUGUUCUUCCUCCCCAUAUACUUCCAGUCCGUGAAGGGCACUUCCGCUAUCACCAGUGGAGUCUACCAGCUUCCAUAUGUGGUGUUCUUCGCUUUGGGCUCAUUGACCAGCGGUGCCGUCAUUGGAGCGACACGCCGCGUGCAGCCUGUGGAGCUAGCCGGCGCGUUGAUUGCCACCCUCGGCGCCGCUUUGGUUUACCAGUUGGAUACCGACUCGUCGAAGGCCUGGUACAUCGGCGCGCAGGUUCCUCUCGGCUUUGGUCUGGGCCUCGGAAGCCAAGUCCCCGUCACUGCGCUGCAGGGGUUCUCGAGGCCUGAACUCGCCGGCGUUAUGACCGGUGGCCUAUUUGUGUGCCAAACCAUCAGCGGCGGUCACUUCACGACGGCAGCCAACUCGAUUCUGGACAACCUCUUGCUGAAAGACAUCAUGCGCUCGGCGCCCCAAAUCGACGCGCAGCAAGUCCUCGCUACUGGCGCGUCGGAAAUCCGCAAGGUAUUCAAGGGUGACGAUCUGACAGCUGUGAUCAACGCCUACAUGACCGGUAUCAAGGGCAUCUUUGCCUUCAUCUUGGCCAGCGCGGCGUUCACCGUCGUCUUGGCUCUCGUCAUCCCCUUCGACAAGCUUCCUAGCCACGACGACAAGAAGACGGAAGAGACCACGACUGGCGAGGAGGGGAAGGAGACGGUGGCUGCUUGA